GGGGCUACGAUGGAAACAGGGCGGGGCCGUGAGAAAAGAGGCGGAGACCGAAAAUAAAAAAUAAAAAAGCGCAUAUCCGGGUCAUGAUAAGUCUUAACGCGACCGACCAAUCAGAGAGAGAAGUGUCCACUUCUCGCGAGACAUCCCGAGAACUGUGGCCGUUCAGCAGGAGGUCCGACAGCUGCAACAUGGCGGAGGAGCGCGGCCGGAAGUGGGACCGGUGUCUCGCGGACAGCGCUGUCAAGUUAGGGCGUACAUGGCCCAUAGCGCUUGGAGCAGGAAUGGGGUUUGGUAUGGCGUGUUCCAACUGCCAACAUGACUUCAGAUCACCGUACCUGCUACAUGGUCACGUCGUGAAGGAUCAGUAGAUGAGACCUGUCUCCUGUUCCGCUGUGUGUGUGUUUGUGUGUGUGUGUGUGUGUGAGACAGGAUCUUUAAUAAAGUUGAAAGAACUCAACAAGAA